AUGGCCGGAACCAGCCUUUCCAAGUCCUUCCGGUUGAAGCCACUCCAUAAUUUCUGCACUGCCGCAGCUGCUGAUGUAGUACCCUCCGUCGAUCAUACUCUUCCUCUUCCGACGCCGGAAACUCCGGCCGUAGAUCCUCCACUGCCGCAGAAACCUGUACCUGCGCCUGACCAGGAAGCUGCAGCUAAUUAUCAGGCUCGGGAGAUUCAGAGCUCAGAACGCAGGCGGCUGCCAAGAGUUACGCGUCAAAACAACCCUGAGAAAGUAGAGGAUGCGAUCUGCCGAAUGAUGGCGAACCGCGCCUGGACGACCCGUUUGCAGAACUCUAUACGGUCGCUGGUGCCUGAGUUUGAUCACUCUCUGGUUUACAAUGUGCUGCACGGAGCCCGAAAUUCAGAGCACGCGCUCCAGUUCUUUAGAUGGGUUGAGCGUUCCGGGCUGCAUAAGCACGACAAGGAAACCCAUAUGAAGAUGAUUCAGAUUCUCGGGAGGGCUUCCAAGCUCAAUCAUGCUCGUUGCAUUCUGUUGGAUAUGCCUAAGAAGGGUGUCGAAUGGGAUGAAGAUAUGUUCGUUUUAUUGAUUGAUAGUUAUGGCAAGGCCGGGAUUGUUCAGGAGGCUGUCAAGGUAUUCGAUAAAAUGUCCGAAUUGGGUGUCAAGAGGAGCAUCAACAGUUAUGAUACGUUGUUCAAGGUAAUUUUUAGGAAGGGAAGGUACAUGAUGGCCAAAAGGUAUUUUAACAAGAUGUUGAAUGAAGGGAUUGAACCGACUAGGCAUACUUAUAACAUCAUGCUUUGGGGGUUUUUCUUGUCAUUGAAGUGGGAAACAGCCAUGCGAUUUUAUGAGGAUAUGAAUAGCAGAGGGAUUUCUCCCGAUGUGGUUACUUACAAUACCAUGAUUAAUGGGUACUACAGGUUUAAGCGAAUGGAGGAUGCAGAGAAGGUUUUUGUGGAAAUGAAAGGGAGGAACUUAGCUCCUACAGUUAUAAGUUAUACAACUAUGAUUAAAGGGUAUGUGGCUGUUGAGAGAGUUGAUGACGCUUUGAGGUUGCUCGAGGAGAUGAAGUCAUUUGCUAUUAAGCCCAAUGCCGUCACUUAUUCGACUCUGUUGCCAGGGCUUUGCGGUGCAGGGAAAAUGACUGAGGCUAAAGAGAUAUUGAAGGAGAUGGUGGCAAAGCACCUUGCUCCCAGAGAUAACUCGAUUUUUAUUAAGCUGAUAUCCAAGCAAUGUAAAGCUGGAGACCUGAAUGCUGCUGUUGAUGUUCUCAAGGCAAUGAUUGGGUUGAGCAUACCAACAGAGGCAGGACACUACGGUGUUUUGAUAAAAUACCUGUGCAAGGCCGAGGAGUAUGAAAGGGCGGUGAAGUUGGUGGACAAACUUAUUGAAAAGGAGAUCAUUUUGAGGUCUCAGAGUAUUUUGGAAAUGGAAGCUAGUGCGUAUAACCCCAUGAUUCAGUACCUGUGCAGCAAUGGGCACACAAAGAAAGCUGAAACUUUGUUCAGGCAGUUGAUGAAAAAGGGUGUGCAGGAUCCAGUUGCAUUCAACAAUUUGAUCUGUGGGCAUGCAAAAGAAGGCUUCCCCGAUUCUGCUUUUGAAAUCCUAAAGAUAAUGGGACGGAGAGGAGUCCCCAGAAAUCCAGAGGCAUACAGUUUGCUGAUUGAGAGCUAUUUGGGGAAAGGCGAGCCUUCUGAUGCCAAGACAGCACUGGAUAGUAUGAUUGAAGAAGGGCACGCCCCAGAUUCGUCCAUAUUCAGGUCAGUUAUGAAAAGCUUGUUUGAGGAUGGCAGAGUUCAAACAGCAAGCCGGGUGAUGCAGAGCAUGGUGGAGAAGGGAGUGACUGAGAACAUGGAUUUGGUUGCUCAGAUUGUUGAAGCUCUUCUCAUCAGAGGUCAUGUUGAAGAAGCCCUCGGACGAAUCGAGUUGCUGAUUAACAGUGGAUGUUCAGUCAACAUCGAUCAUCUCUUCUCUGUAAUAUGUGAGAAAGACAAGACCAUUGCUGGUAUGAAGUUGUUGGAUUUUGUAUUGGAGAGGGACUUUCAAGUGGACUCUAAAAGCUGUGACAAGGUGUUGGAUGCGCUGCUUGCAGCAGGGAAGACCCAUAAAGCUUAUUCCAUCUUGAGUAAAAUGAUGGAGAAAGGUAGGGCCACCGACUGGAGCGGCUGCCAAGAUCUGAUCGACAGCCUUAAUCGGGAAGGGCUGUCAAAGCAAGCUGAUAUUCUGUCAAGAGCAGUGAAAGGAUCGGAGAAGAAACCGCAUUCAAGCAACAAAGAGAAGAAAAAACUGUCUGCUGCCGCUGCCUGA